GGUAAACUACGAGGAACUUACUCGUAAGUACGAUUCGUGUUGUUAAUUUUUUUCGUCUGCCCUUGGAUCAAAGAAAACGAAAAACAGGAAGCUGUAACGAUAUCCGAUAGGCAGUACGUAGUUGAUGGUAUCUGUACCGGUAUCAUCGAUCACAAAGCAUCAGUCUUCACUCCGACAACCAUUUCUGGGGGGAGGUAAUUUCUCUGGAAUUUAUUGUGCUGAAGUCAAACAUAGCUAGCAUUGAUGGGAAAGUCAAAAAAACGAAAGAAUCGAACGAAAGCCUUGUACGAGGCCGCCGCGGCGGCAGCCGCAAAACGGAAACGACAAGAACACGAGGAAGAGGAAUAUUCCCGUUGUUCGGGAACAGCGCUCGCGAAAGAAAAGGAGCCUAAAUGGUUACCGGAACCACUCUGUAAUGGUGACAARACAGAAACAGAUGCGAUCGACACAAACCCCGCCCGAAAGCCCUCGGCCUCGGACCUCCGCACCACGCUGCGAACUAUCCGGUAUCUGCUCGCCAGCGAAGACAAUCUGGACGACUUUUUGCACUCUAAGGAACACAAGCCGUUGCGGGCUGCCCUGCAUCUCCUCGUUACCGAGCGCCUGAAGAGCUACGACAAGGGCGUCGACUAUCGCACAAAGGUCACCCACCACCUGUCCAAGAAGCGAUGGGCCUCGGCCCUGUCUUCCCUGCAGGCAUCCAGGGACUUUCGCCAGGUACCCAAGCAGGGAACGGUGCAGCGGUGGGUUCGCGACAUCGACGGGUGCACGGAACCAGCGGUCAAGAUUCAGCUGCUGACCCUCGUUCUGAGCAGCAGCGGAAGGAACAUCACUCCCGGAAGUGAUGCAUCGAAUGCCACUAAACAAAACGACGACGACGACAACGAGAAAGACAACGACCAUGAUAAUGAUGGCAUCAACAAGCACGAUCCAUCCCUAGCAUUGCUUGAGGCUCAAAGCGAAUACCGUAAAAAUACACGAAACGGCAACCACCAACCUGGGGAAAGUAGCACCCCCACAUGCAGCGAGGUACAAGUAUUGAAGGGAUGGAGCAUUCCAUCACAGCCAUGCGCGGCAGCACAAGCCGGAUUCGACAUGGCAGCCGCCCAGGCUCUAGAAACCCGCAAGAUCGAUUCGAAAAUCGUCUAUCGUGAAAAUGCGUCAGAGCGGACCCCACCCAAUCACUAUGAUUUGUUAUUGCACGCGACGGAACACGACGCCCUGAAGCCGUUCCCUGAUGGAAGCACUCCAAACCACAAACCGAAAGGCGAUCACCGUAGUGUGGCGACGGUGCGACCGCACCCCGUCCCCUUUGUGAAGGGCGCGUUCGUCCUGGAGAACGUCCUCUCGCCCUCCGAGUGCCUCGGGCUUGUCCAGACCGCUUCUGCGCUAGGCUACCGGCCCGACCAUCCCACGGCUCUGCCCAAGCCGACAGGAAUCGAUUCCUGCGAGUGGUUUGUGAAUGAUUCGAUCCAUGACAUCGUCUACGACCGGGUCAGGGAGCACCUCCCGUCAACAUUGUUGCCGGUGAUGGGAACGAAAGGCAAUACGAGUGCCGAUGAGACAAACAACGGCGACGACAAAGAAAUGAAGGCCCCKGUCCUAUGCGGAAUCAACCGCCGGUGGAGGUUUUUCAGGUAUGGGCAGGGAUGUGUCUAUCGCCCCCACAUCGACGGGUCGUGGCCGGCUGGAAGGUUAUCGGAGGACGGGGCUUCCUACGAGCGAGAUCCAACGAACGGGACUACCCGGAGCUAUCUGACCUUUUUGGUGUACCUGAACGACGAUUUCGAGGGGGGCGAAACCAGGUUCUACUAUGUCCCAGACCAGGACGUGUACGCCACAGACGAUGAAAAUGAGUUGUCAAGCAAUGYGCGCGAACGAGAUGAGAACACGAUGGCGCCGUCAUUGGUAGCGCGGGGAAUUAUCCCCAAGAUGGGGUCCGUCUUGGUAUUUCCGCAGGGGAACUCGGCGUCGCUCUUGCACGAGGGAUCGGCGGUAAUGAGUGGGACCAAAUAUGUGGUCCGAACAGACGUUGUAUAUCGGCACGGCUGAGAAAUCACCACCCAGCCGAGCCACUCACAGCGAUGACAACCUAUACGAACCGCAAUGCCAUAUUGUUCCCAAACAUGGACAGAAUGGUUCGCGACAACAAAAACAAAAAGGUCUGUAKAAACAUAUGAAAACUGAAGAAAUCAUUGAUAUCUGCUACAAGAUUUGCGCGAAGGAUUGUAAUAAACCAGACUCUAUGGU